ACAGGAAGUGGCGGCGGCGGCACGGCCGAGGGCGGAGGGCGGAGGGCGGCGGGAUGGGGGCCGGGGGCGGCGGGCGCCGCACUCGCUGAGGCCCCGACGCAGGGCCGGGCCGGGCCCAGGGCCCAGGAGCGCAGCGGCCGGAGCGGGGCCGCGGAGGCGACGCCGGGGACGCCCGCGCGAGGAGCAGGUGGCGGCUGCCGCAGGCUGGUCCAACUGGAAGCCCUGAGGACAGCUGCUCCCACUGGCUCUGCUGACCUUGUGCCUUGUCACCUUGCAGUGCGGUGGAUCACAAGCUCUUCCAUGGUCUAACGGAAACUGUCCCUUCCAUCGGCACCUGCCCUCCCGAUCCUUUCGCCAGCCCCCAGCGCCUGGAAGCCGCCGCAUCCUCCCAGUUCCUGCGAGAUGUCUGUUUUCAGUUUCUCACGCGGGACGGCCGUCCUGAGCGAGGGGCCGUGCACCCGCUCCUGAGCAGCGCCAUGGGCCUGCUGGCCUUCCUGAAGACCCAGUUCGUGCUGCACCUGCUGGUCGGCUUCGUCUUCGUGGUGAGCGGUCUGGUCAUCAACUUCGUCCAGCUGUGCACGCUGGCGCUCUGGCCGGUCAGCAAGCAGCUCUACCGCCGCCUCAACUGCCGCCUCGCCUACUCACUCUGGAGCCAGCUGGUCAUGCUGCUGGAGUGGUGGUCCUGCACCGAGUGCACGCUGUUCACAGACCAGGCCACAGUGGAGCGCUUCGGGAAGGAGCACGCAGUCAUCAUCCUCAACCACAACUUCGAGAUCGACUUCCUCUGUGGGUGGACCAUGUGUGAGCGCUACGGCGUGCUGGGGAGCUCCAAGGUCCUCGCUAAGAAGGAGCUGCUGUACGUGCCCCUCAUCGGCUGGACGUGGUACUUUCUGGAGAUCGUGUUCUGCAAGCGGAAGUGGGAGGAGGACCGGGACACAGUCAUCGAGGGGCUGAGGCGCCUGUCCGACUACCCUGAGUACAUGUGGUUUCUCCUGUACUGUGAGGGGACGCGCUUCACGGAGACCAAGCACCGUGUCAGCAUGGAGGUGGCCGCCGCCAAGGGGCUGCCUGUCCUCAAGUACCACCUGCUGCCGCGGACGAAGGGCUUCACCACCGCGGUCAAGUGCCUCCGGGGGACAGUCGCAGCUGUCUAUGACGUAACCCUGAACUUCAGAGGGAGGAAGAACCCGUCCCUGCUGGGCAUCCUCUACGGGAAGAAGUACGAGGCGGACAUGUGUGUGAGGAGAUUUCCUCUGGAAGAGAUCCCGCUGGACGAAAAGGAGGCGGCUCAGUGGCUUCAUAAACUGUACCAGGAGAAGGACGCACUCCAGGAGAUGUAUAAUCAGAAGGGCGUGUUUCCAGGGGAGCAGUUUAAGCCUGCCCGGAGGCCCUGGACCCUCCUCAACUUCCUCUCCUGGGCCACCAUUCUCCUGUCCCCCCUCUUCAGUUUUGUCUUGGGUGUCUUUGCCAGCGGAUCACCCCUCCUGAUCCUGACAUUCUUGGGGUUUGUGGGAGCAGCUUCCUUUGGAGUUCGCAGACUCAUAGGAGUGACUGAGAUAGAGAAAGGCUCCAGCUACGGAAACCAGGAGUUUAAGAAAAAGGAAUAAUUAAUGGCUGUGAUUGAACACACGGGACCUGAUGGUGGUAUCCGGUUAACUCAAAAACAGCAGCACGCAGAGUGGCGGGAAAAGACAAUUAGAAACUAUUUUUCUUAUUAACUGGUGACUAAUAUUAACAAAACUUGAGCCAAUAGUGAAGAAUCCAGAAGGCCUGCCAGAGGAAGAGUUCAGCCUCCCGCAGCUCGGGGUCCCAGCUUCUCCGAGCGUGCCGUGGGACGUGGGUCCCGGGCGGAGGGGCCUUCCGCGGACGCCGUCUCUCCAGAACUCCGCUUCCAAGAGGGAGCCUUCGGCUGCUUUCUCUCCUUAAACUUAGAUCAAAUUUUCUGUUUUGUAAUCAGUUAUUUUGGGAACUUAAUCUGGCCCUUCACCUCUUCUGCACCGCCCCAGACGCUGUCUCAUGAUGAAUUUCUGCUGUCCUUUUUGGAGUGGGUGGCCGGGUCCCAUCCCCGGGGGGCUCAUGUGGCUGCCCCGCUUGGCUCAGAACCUUGGCUCCCAGUGGGGACCCCGUGGGAGAGCGCCCGUAGUGAUAAGCACAUCGGCAGGUAUAUCAGGUGGAUUCCUCGAAGCCGGAGCCCUCACCGUGCCCUGUUGGGGGCUGGCUGAGGCGAAUGCCCCCCUUUCCUUUCUAGAGUGCUGUCUGCCCUCGCUCCUGUUUGAGCCUGUGUGUAAAUACCUACAUCUGUUUUUAAAGUGGAUGGACCCCUGAGAACUCAGUGAAAUGCAGAGUUCUCCCGAACCAGAAGCUCCUCCAUCCCUCUCAUGGCUGUCAAACCCUGGUCCCUCCACACUGGGUGCUGGGGAGGGAGGACCCUCGGGGCUACCGUGCGGCCCCCACCCCACAGAUCAGGAGCCAAGGAGGGAGGGCAGAGCAGUGUGUGGGACUCUGGAUGCUUUGGAAGCAGAGAGGGCACCGUCAGCCUCUGUGUUUUAAAGGUGGUUGGAGACUGUUAACACUGAGCUCAUUUGCUUCUAGAGAUUCUGUUUUUACUGGUUCAUCUCUUGGUGGUUUUCAGCUUCCUGCUGGAAACUAGAGGUGGGGCAUCCCCCAUCCCCAGCCUCGCACCGUGUCCUUGGGAAGGGCCUGCCCCCACCCAGGCAGGUGUCACUGGCCCGGCCACCCUUGAGCACCCAGCUCCUGGCCUCCGGGGUAUCUCUGAGCAUCCAGGCAGAGCAGAGGGCAGCGCUCAGCCGGUCAUGCUGGCUCCCUCCGCCUCUCAGAAGCCCCUGGCCCACGCCAAGUGAGGGAUGCUUCUCCCUCCAGGGUAUCCAGUGCCCGGUGUGGCUGGGCGGGGCAGUGCGGUGGGAGGAAAGCUCACCUCCAUUGUGGAGCCAUCAGCCCACCUGCAUUUGUCUUUCAGCUUGCUUGGUCUGUCGAACUCCCCUUACCUUUUUAGCAAGGGAAAAAAACAAACACGGGUGUUAUCACUGAUACGUUGUAACCAGCUUCUGAAUAGAGGUAGGUUGAGUUUUCUAGGGGAAAAAAGGAGAAAAGAGGCAUGAAGAAAAGUAAACCAAGAGCAUAAUUGGGCAUCAGCCCAAAGUGUCCUGGGGAGACUCGAGGUGAUGGCAGCGUUCUGUGAGACAGAGGCACUGCCGGCCCCGGGUCUCUCGGGCCACGUUCUCAGGGCGUGUGCACAGAACACCUCCUGUGCACACCUGCUCAGAGCACAGCUCCUCACGGGGGUGAAGGGGCAGACAGGGAAACUAGACAAGACGCCGUCGCUUCAGAAAUGGGCUUCCCUCCCUCUGAAAUCUCAUCCCUCCCGUCCUCCCGCUCGGGCAGCCGUGCCAUGAGUGGGACGUGCACGCCCCGGGUGAGCCCCCCAGAGACCCCGGCACCUUCCUCACCGCACGCUGCCCACCCGUCUCCGUGUGUGUCUAGGCCCACGUCACUCACUGACUCACUCACACCUAUGAAAUCUGAAAGGAAAAAAGCUGAAGGGUCCGACUGUGCACAGGCGUGACCUGGAAAAUGCAAAUGUAGAUCUUUUAUGAUUUAAUUCAUAGUUAUUUCCCAUAGGCGUUCCCUCCCUUUGAAAUUAAUAUAUAAUGUACAAAUUCUGCACUGAGUCAUGACAGAGCUGAAGCUCCUGGCUUAGAGUGGAGAUGGAGGCCCGGGCGCAGGGUUCAAACCUCACCUGAUUUCCUUCCGAUCUCCCGGCUUAGCUUGUGCUUCUCAACGCCAAGCCUUUAAGAGCAAUAAAACUACACCAUGAAUGUUUGGGUUUUUUUUUUUCCUUUCUUUUUUUUUUUUUUUUUUGGGAGGAGGGUGGAUUUUGCUUUUCAUCCAUUUCAGAAGGAAAAGGGGAGGAGAGCUCCUUUAUCUUUUUAAAUUAAAUUCAUAAAUCCCAGAAUAGUCUUUUUUUCUCUUUCCUUUAUACCCUCCUCCUGGGCUUCAUUCAUCGUGGCCGUUAUGUCCACAUUCAGGCUGAGCGCUCAGGCUGAAGCAGUUCUGUAACCACAGUCCCUGCUGGCCGUGUUCGGAUGCUGGGGGUGGCGCACGUUCUGGGCCUGGCAUCGCUGAUGCCCUCCACCCCAGGUCCUGGAGCCACACAGAGGACAGGAAGGGUGUUGCUGGCCUGUAGUUCCUAUUGCCCACCCAGAGCCAGGCACCCCACCAGAAGCCCCCAGCCAAGAGGGUCCAGGCCCGCCCCCUUGGCGUCUGGCAGGCCAAGCUCCCAGCCUGGGCCAUGGUCUCCUGGGGACGCCGCUGGCCUCACUCAGCUCAGGCCCGGGUGCCCGGUGUCACGGGGUCUCCUGCCCAUCUUCCUGAGGGCACCAUCGCUGUUGCCAUCCUUUCCCCCGUGCGAGACUGCUUGUCCAGUACUCGGUGACAGUGUGCCAGGUGCACACCCUAUUCGAGGUGCUUUCAGGCUCCCCUCCUCAGGAAGCGCAGAGUCUGAUGAAAAGAUGAGUGCUGAGCAAAUAAAUCACUAACAACACAGCAGUGGAAGCAGCACCUGCUUGUUUUAAAAAAGAAACAGGUCCUAUCAAAGAUGAAUUUUGAGUCUCUGCCUCGUCCAUCCCCCGACAUCCAUUCUGCGCACCGUGGCAUGAGAAUCUGUCCUCACAGUGUUCACCGAGGUAUGGCUGAGCAUUGACGUUGACGUGAAGGAGAAGCGGGGGUCGGACCCAGCUUUCUGUUUCGCUCACUUGCAAUUCAGUAGCUGUCCAGGCCACCCACACCUGUUGUGGCUGCCAGUUGGGGUCAGAUUUGGGGUGAAGAAAAAGUACCUUUCUGCAUGCCUUGUCUCUUCCUGAGACACUUAUGCAACAAGCCAAGUAUAACCUCUCCAGCCCUGCAGAUUUUCAUCUGACUUGUUCAGCCCCUCGCGUCGGUUCCCACAGCAGGGCUCUGGCCCACGGCUCACUGCAUGCAGCCCCUGGCGUGCCACACUAAUGCCCCAAGGCACGAUGUGCUUCUAAUCCUUCUGCACUGCACCAGGCUCAGGGUUCCAAUGGCCAGCCUGAAACGCCUGCCUGCCUUCUUUCUGGAAACAGCACGUCCCCAGCCGUGUGCCUGCUCCUUCCUCUACCGGGCUAGUCCCCAAACCAAAGGCAAGCCCCCUUGGCCCCUGGUGAUGGGGCUGAUGGGCCGGCCACACCCCUGACCCCGCCCAGGCUCUGCCACCUACGCCCUGCCGUGGGGCUGACCUGGGGUGUGCAGACCUCCGGCCCAUGUUCCUGCAUAUCCGGGCCAGGACGCAAAAACAGCUUUUGGGUAAAAGAUGUCACGCUGAUCUGCUGAGUGGGGUGGACACAUGAAUUCAGUUUGUUCACGAACACUUGCUGCUUGUAGCAUCCUUACAAACUGCUCGGGAAAUAGAAUGACAGAAACACUUAGGGAGCCCAGGAGGUCACCAGACACCUUGGCGUCAGGUGGCCCAGGCAAGAGCAGCGUCCGCUUUUCAAAGGUCAUGGAGUUGUCUGAAGAUAGCUUUGUAGUGACAGGUUCAGCUGGAGUUUCUUUUCCAUUUCUUAACUUUUUGUUGCACAAGUAUUUGGACAGAGGUCGAACUGUGAAUGACAUAAUGAAAUGCACUAAAUUGUAUUCAAUUAAACUGGAGUUACUUGAUACAAUGAAGAAAUGCUUCUGAUCUACUUGUAUUUAUUGUCUCAGAAUUGUACGUUGUGACAAUCAAAUGUUACUUGCCUAAAUGCCAGGAAAUUCGACUGGCUUCUUAAUCACAAAGCUUGCCAGCAAGUACUGUAACUGUAAAUGAAAAUCUCUCUGGAAAACCCCCACACACCAUUGACCUGACUGCACGUGGCAGCCAUUGGGUUCUUUUUCUAUGAUUGAAAAUCUGCCAUAGCUGACUGUUGGCCCGUUUCAAAGGGACCCGUUGUAUACAGGGUGCAAAUGUAUUAUAUGAUGCUUCCUUCUGUACACUUCAUUUCUACAAGUUUUGCUACUCACAAGCUUUAUGUAGUGGAGGAUGGAGGUAUUUUUGGUCUUCAGAAGCUUGUCGGGGGUGAGGGCUGCUAACUUAGACUUGAAAGGCCUGUGUCCCGAAGGCCUGGCUGUGUCUGCCGUGCUAUACGAGGACCUCUGUACACAAGCAGGCGCGCCUGUCCAAGCACGCGUAGCUCCUGCGUGGUGGUGUUUUCUACGUGACAUGCUGCUGGCAUCUGUUCAUUAAACUGCUUCUGUGAAAGAGAGGGAUAAAGUAUCCACACAGCGA